UACACCCUGACACUAUCUACUUCCGGCGGUUGUUUGUUUGGCUGCCGAUUUUUGAAACAAGAUCGCCGGCUAAAUAAAGCAAAAAAGCUUUUAAAUGCUUUAAAUGGCAGGUUUAUUACAUGUGGACACACGCUGAAGUACACUAGCAGAUCUACUGAACUCGUCCCACCGUACUAUGUUCAAAAAGAUGACUGAAUUUGGUCCAGAUUCCGGGGGGAGAGUGAAGGGAGUAACGAUCGUGAAGCCCAUCGUGUUUGGAAACGUCGCCCGCUACUUCGGGAAGAAGAGAGAGGAGGACGGUCACACUCAUCAGUGGUCUGUUUAUGUGAAGCCUUACAGAAACGAGGAUAUGUCUGCUUAUGUGAAGAAGAUUCAGUUCAAACUACAUGAGAGCUAUGGUAACCCACUGAGAGUGGUGACUAAACCUCCGUAUGAGAUAACAGAGACGGGCUGGGGAGAGUUUGAGAUCAUCAUUAAGAUCUUCUUCAUCGACCCCAAUGAGAGACCUGUAACUCUCUACCAUCUGUUGAAGCUGUUCCAGUCAGACUCCAGUGCCAUGCCGAAGAAGACUGUUGUUUCUGAAUUCUAUGAUGAAAUGAUAUUCCAGGAUCCUACAGCAAUGAUGCAGCAACUACUGACCACAUCAAGACAGCUCACACUGGGAGCGUACAAGCAUGAGACAGAGUUCAGUGAGCAGGAGCAGAGGACCAAGGAGAAAAUGGAAGCAGCAAAGAAGAGAACCAGCCAAGAGAUCACAGAGCUGAAAGACAAACUAAAGGCCAGCAGAGAAAACAUCAACCACCUGAAGGCAGAGAUCAGGAAACUGGAGGAGGAAGGAGACAACAAGGAGCACUGAGAAAUAAACAAGGACAACACACACAUGCACACACAUAAUGUCAAACAGUUUGUUUCUUUGUGUUCCUGACCACGUAACUGAAAACAAAACUAAGACUUUGGUGUUAUCAAUACACAAUCCUCUGCAUCCUCUAAUGUGUUUUUUCAGAAUAAGUCUUAUCCAUAAUUUUGUUAUUAGUUUUGUUUUGAAUGUUAAUCGCUAAUUAAUUGAUUUUUUUUUUUUAAACUGAUUUUGUGGUUUUCUACAUAAAG